CUUGGUUUACGAAUGGGCAUUGGAUUUCCAGCUUACUUUGUCUUGGGUAUUGUCACAGAUGAGAGGAACGCUGCGAUAAUGACUUGGACACCGACAAAACAAAAUUACAGAUACGUUGGGUGAAGUGUCGGUAGUAGUGCAGUCAAACUUCGAGUGCGUGAGUACAUGGCGUUCGCCGAUGGAUAAUACACAUUUUUGCAACCGAGAUACGGCUCCCUGGAAAGCUCUCCCCAGCUGAGGCCGCCUCUGCAUCGGAAGUCCCUCUUGUUUCUCGGGAGGCCUCGGUCGGCGCUCGCAUCAGCUGCAUAGUUCCUUCACUGAUUGUGUCUUUACACGCGAUUCUUCCCGAGACACAGGGCAGCAUACUACACACCGAUACCUGGGGGACGGCUUUGCUGCUGCUGCUAGUACCAACCCGGGAAGGAGGGGCACCAUUACAUCACGGAUGCUUUUAGUAUUCAUUUGUGAUCUUGUGACUGGGCUUUAGUUCAACUGGAGCGUGUGAUGCGUACAGCAAGACUUCAGUGGACGAUGACAAGUCAGCAGGACCUGUACAUCGACUCCACUGCCGUGAAGAAGGAGCCUCUCAGCCCUGCCCACAACGGGAUGCUCACCAGCGACAUCGUCAGUGCCACGACCGAGGCACACCACAACUACGCUCGCACUGUUAUACCAAAUGGAACUGACUACCACCAUCAGGAGAAUGGACACCACAUGCAGAAUGGUCACAACUCUUCAGAUGAAGAGAAUAGGUAUGACUCGAACUCCUCCAGUGAGAUACUUACAAAUGGUACGACAGAAGACCGAAUGAUGAAGUGCGAGUAUAUGCUGCACUCGUUACCCAAGCGACUAUGUCUCGUCUGCGGUGAUGUUGCGUCUGGGUUUCACUAUGGAGUGGCAUCUUGUGAAGCCUGCAAAGCUUUCUUCAAGAGGACAAUACAAGGCAACAUCGAGUACAGCUGUCCUGCCACAAACGAGUGCGAGAUUACCAAGCGGCGCCGCAAAUCCUGUCAAGCCUGCCGCUUCACCAAAUGUCUCAAAGUUGGCAUGCUCAAAGAAGCACUGAGGAUCAAACCCCGACCACAGCCUGAGGGAGUACGACUGGACAGAGUCCGAGGAGGUCGCCAGAAAUACAAACGCAAAAUCGACGCCGACCCGUCGUCAUAUGUCCAACAAGCUCCAGCACUUAAAAAGCCCUCCAAUGGACCAGGCCGCACGCGACAUGUCCACAAUUCUGUCCCCAAGAAGUUUGUGCUAGCGGGCGGUGCUACCAAAACAAAACGACAGGUCGUCACUUGUCCAACCAACUCACACAAGCAGCAUGGCAGAAAAGUGAACAAGAUUGUUGCCCACCUGAUGGUGGCUGAGCCUGAGAAGCUGUACGCCAUGCCCGACCCCACUACACCAGACAGUGAGCUGAAGACUCUGACCACGUUAUGUGACCUGGCAGACCGGGAACUAGUGGUCAUCAUUGGAUGGGCAAAGCACAUACCAGGCUUCUCCAACCUGUCAUUAAGUGACCAAAUGAGCCUGCUGCAGAGCGGCUGGAUGGAGAUCCUCAUCCUGGGGCUGGCCUUCCGCUCCCUGCACUACGACUCCCGCCUGGUGUUUGCAGAGGACUACAUCAUUGACGAGGAGCAGUCCCGGGCUGCAGGCCUGGAGGAGCUCAGCAGGCACAUCCUGCGGCUGGUGGGGAGGCUGAAGGCCCUGGGAGUGGAGAAGGAGGAGUUUGUGGUGCUGAAGGCCAUGGCACUCCUCAACUCAGAUUCUGUGUAUGUUGAAGACCAUGAGGCAGUACAGAAGUUACAGGAUGUCCUCCAUGAUGCUCUCCAGGACCACGACCUUAACGCCCAUCCUUCUGACUCCCGCCGCAUCGGUAAGAUCCUCAUGAUGCUGCCGCUACUCAGGGAAGUCGCCACCAAAGCCGUGCAACACUUCUACACCAUCAAGAUGGAAGGCCAGGUCCCCAUGCACAAGCUGUUCCUAGAGAUGCUUGAUGCCAAGAUAUCAGAAGUUGUGUGUAAAAAGAUGUACUAGUUACUGCAUAGGGAACCAUCCUUGAACUUUGACCAGGCAGCAUAAGGAUUAAUUUUUAUCUUUGAGUAGUGAAUAGGUUUUAUCCUGGCUUGGCAAAUUUCUUCUGUGUCCUGACCAAUGCAACUCACACAAGAUGUAACUGUUGGUUUUCAAUUGAAGCUGAAAACAGAGAGACGCUCUAGUCUUGGUGUACAUCUUUGUCCCCCCCCCCCCAAACAAUAUGGCAUGAGAUGAGCAUGAGUGGGAAAAGGUUGAAGAUGGGUCACACUAGUUAACCCCAAUGGAAGCACUGCCAGGUUCUGCCUGGAUUCUGGAUGGAGGUACAUUUGGGUAAAGCUUGUCUCCCAAACCUUCUACAGUUUCUGGGCUCAACCAUCUUGCAGUAGCCAUUCUUGCAGAGUUUGAGAUGUUUAUAUUGUGUUUCUGCAAGAGUGAAGCCGGAACUAUGCAGGAAUAGACAUUUUACUUCAGCUGAAACAAAUCAUUUUAGAAGGACAUAUUGUGUUUACCCUUUUUCAUAAGUGUUUAUAAUUUGUAAAGAUCUGCUGAUUGAAUGACAUUGUUAUUUAUACUUGGAUUGCUUGUGUUGUACAUGGUGCUCGUAGAGAAUGUAAUUAUUUCCUUGAUAUCUGGGUAUGGAGAGUUUUAAGAGUGAUUUAAUGUACAGAAUUCCCUAAAUCAGUAGAAUAUGAUUUUUAAUGUGUUGAAGAUGAAUAUUGGCUUUCUUUGCAGUUUAUACAUUUGGUACUACUCUGCACGAUUAUGAUUUUCUUCAUUAUUGCUGAUCUAUGAUGCUGUAUUGAACUGAAGCUUGUACAUAGCCAGUUGUGUCACAAAGCAAGAUUUUGAUAUUGUUUACUGUAUGUGAAGUAGUGGGUUUGUGCCAAUGUUAUAUGCUGAAAGAUGAUGUAUACUUUGUUAUUAUAUUAUUUAUAAAGAACAGAUUUAUAUUUGUUGUUGUUGUUGUUGUUGUUGAACUCCACAUGUUGGUACUGUAGCUAUGCAUAGUGUUGUGGCAAUGGUUGUUACAUACCAGGUCACAACAUUCAUUACACAAUGAAUGUUUUCCCAACAAAGACAUUUUUCCUCUGAUCAGAAAGAAUGUUUUUAUGACAAACUAAGUCAUGACGUCAGGAAUUGUCCUCGGUUGUACUCUCACUGCAAAUGUCUUCUGAAUCAUGUUGCAAGGCUUUGUGACUUAGUCCCAUUGGGAAACCUCAGACAGAUCUAAAGAAGAACACAGUCAACCUUCCUGAAGCUAUCUUCAUAUGAUGAUACAUCAGUCCUCCUUGUUUAUAGGUGGUAGCUCAGAUGUACAGCAAAUACAUCCAGUCAGUAUCCCAAGUGAAACUAUAUGAACAGAACUAGAAAACCCUCUUAUAAUCAACUGAAACUGUGAAAUCUCUAAAUUUACAUAGUUCCCUUCAGAUGAGAGUUCCUUCAGAUCAGAUGAAACAAAUGCAGUGUUCUAAUGUUGAAUUGUUUGUAUUCAAGUAUCUUUUAGAGAAAGAGAGACUUGCUCCCAUGACAAACCUGUCCAUGUUUUGUGGGCAGCCCAGUUUUGUAGUAGAACCACUGAUUAGUGGUAGAUCAUGUUGGAUAUCACCCUGUAGUAGGUACAACUUCUGUGAUGGUAGCUGUUCUAGAUGUGUGUUGGACCUGUGGUUCUUACUUGUUACAUAUCAUAUUCCCAGUAUUACAUAGGAAGAAGCCAUUGUAUACCUUUACCUAUAUCCUUGGACAUGUGUAAACUUAGUUGACAUACUAUUACCAUUGGUAAACACCAAGCCAAACCAAUGUUCAGAAUAUGGCUAUGUUACAGAUGUAGCACCCAAGUUCUUCGGGUGGUUGUGUCCAAAACGGAAAAAUGUCUGUCCAAUUUUGUCCAGUUUUGUGAAGCAGCAAUCCUGCCAGAGGACUUCUCGGGUGCCCCACAGGCAAAGGGUAUUGUUACUGGGAGAACAUUUAAUCAAGGUAGAGGAGAGUUUAUUUUGAGAAUGUGAUGGGAGAAAUUUGAUUGGGAACACAUGGGGCCCCUCAGCUCCCAUUCUGCUAGGAAUGCUGCUGUAAAGAGUAUCUGAUUCAGUAGACGUCAGUCCCACUGUUCCAAUGUGUAGAGUUCUGUUGGCUGUCUAUUUCUGUAUUAGACACAGGUUGAUGGUUGUGGAGAUCUUCACUGUUAGGUGGAAAACAGCCCUUGUGUUCACCAGCACUUGGAUUGAUUUUUCAUUUCUAUUGCAGAAGGUCCUUUAUGCUGUGUACAUAGGCGCAGCACUAGAUGUUUUAUCAAUAAAGGUGUCUAUGGAUUUA